UUCCAUCCCUGCAUCCCUCCAUCCUUCCAUCCCUCCAUCCCUCCAUCCCUCCAUCCCUCCAUCCCAGCACCGCCCCGUGAAGCCCGGCCAAGGCUCUGAGCCGUGACCGCUCGCUUUUGGGGAGCAGCGGGGGCCGCACGGGCCGGGGGGCCGCGGCCGGGCUCAGCACCAGCCCCGGGGCGGGCGGGGGCUCAGGACCCCCCGCGCCCACCCUCGGCACAGCCCCGCGCCGGGGAUGAGGCAGCGCCGGGGGGGCCACGAGCGACGCCGCAGGUAACGCAGCUGGCGGGAGCUCGCCACCCCCGGGCCACCAUGCCGUCCUCCAAGAGCGAGAGCGAGUUCUGGAUCGACGGAUCCCACCGCGAGGUGGCCCUGGAAGAUUUCUACGUCAUGGGCCCCGAGCUGGGACGGGGAGCCACCUCGGUGGUGUUCAGCUGCCAGGAGAAGGGAACAGGAGCCCCCUAUGCUGCCAAGAUCCUGAAGAAGACGAUCGACAAAAAGAUCGUGAGGACGGAGAUCGGGGUCCUGCUGCGGCUCUCCCACCCCAACAUCAUCAAGCUGAAGGAGAUUUUCGAGACGCCCUCGGAGAUCGCGCUCGUCCUGGAGCUGGUGACGGGGGGAGAGCUCUUUGACAGGAUCGUGGAGAGGGGGUUCUACAGCGAGCGGGACGCGGCUCACGUGGUCAAGCAGAUCCUGGAGGCAGUUUCGUAUUUGCACGAAAACGGGGUCGUCCACCGGGACCUGAAGCCGGAGAACCUGCUCUACGCAGACCUGUCCCCCGACGCGCCCCUCAAAAUCGGUGACUUCGGGCUCUCCAAGAUCGUGGACGAGCAGGACACCAUGAAAACGGUCUGCGGGACGCCGGGGUACUGCGCCCCCGAAAUCCUCCACGGGUGCCCCUACGGCCCUGAAGUGGACAUGUGGAGCGUGGGCGUCAUCACCUACAUCCUGCUCUGCGGCUUCGAGCCCUUCUUCGACCCGCGGGGGGACCAGUACAUGUACAGCCGCAUCCUCACCUGCGACUACGAGUUCGUGUCCCCGUGGUGGGACGAGGUGUCCCCCAACGCCAAGGACCUGGUCAGAAAACUGAUCGUUUUGGACCCCCAGAAGAGGCUGACGGUCUCGCAGGCCCUGGAGCACCCCUGGGUCACCGGGAAGGCUGCUAAGUUUGCUCACAUGGACAGCACGCAGAAGAAGCUGCAGGAAUUCAACGCCAGGAGGAAACUAAAGGCUGCCAUGAAGGCCGUGGUGGCCUCCAGCCGCCUGGGCAACCACGGGCACCACGACUGCUCCCGCGGCGGGCGCAGCCAGGGGGGUCCCCGGGGCCCCCGCCCACCCCAGGGCUCGGGGACCACCGGCCCCGGAGCCCCCACGGCCGGCGAGGACCUCGGCGUGUUCCAGAGCGACCGCCCCGCCGUGCCCCCCGUGCCCCUGCCCGGCGCCGGCUGCCAGAGCUAACGGGGUCACCUUCGACCACCAACACCCGCCGAGCCUCGGGGGGAGCCCCGAGCCCCUGGUCUGGGCUGUGGGACGUCCUUCUUUCGUGUCCUGUUCCAGUGAGUCCUCCCCGUCCUGUCCCUGUAUGUCUGUGCCCACCCGGCUCGGGGGACCGGGCAGGGCUGGGAUGUGACUCCUGGGAUGUGACUCCCGGGAUGUGACUCCCGGGAUGUGACUCCUCUUCCCGGGGCCUCUGGGGCUGGGAAAGGUCCCAAGUGGCUUAAAAACGAGGAGCAAAGAGCAGCACAAAGGAUUUCUCUCCCCUCCCCUCCAGAGGCAGUGGGUUGUCUUUGAGGGGUUUGUACUUUCCUGUAAAUAGUCCUGGAAGGUUUUAUUUCUUUAGGUUAUUGCUGCCCCUCGCUGUGAUGUCUCCAGUGCUGUCACCAGGCCCAGCUGUGGGUUUGCUGCUGCAUUAGACGAGGUUUUAGGAGCCUCUGAACCCAGAUUUUUGAUCCUCUCUGGAGAAAAGUGUGUGCCAGUGGUUCCCUUGCCAUCCCUGGUUGGCGGCUGACCUCCAAUUUGUUUUUCUUCCACCUGGUUUUGUGCGUUCCCACCUCGUCUUGCUGUGGAUUCGUGGUGGUGGGGUUGUCAUGGAACUGGGAAUGCUGGCCUGGCCUCUCCUUGGCACUCCAGGUCAGCAUUUACACAACAGUUUUAAGGAAGAACAAGGCAACCCUGUCCAGGGCGCUCUGUGGGACAACUGUAACUGCUGUGCCCUGAGGGAGGAGGGAGUUUACAACUACUUGGGUUGUUUGUUUGUUUUUUAAUGAAAUCAGGGGACAAAUCUCUUGAAAUUUUCUAGCCACAGGACAAGCAUUUGCAGAUUUUAACACAGAACAAGUGACCAGACAGGAAAAGCCAUAUUCCACCUGGGAAUCACGGAGAGCUGGGGGCUGCACAGCCCCAGCUGGGGGGUCCAGCAGGGUUUGAUCCCUGAGGCAGUCCAUGGCCUGCACCCCCACAGCCUGGGUUUGUAGCAGUGUGUUCAGGGCAAAACCUCCCCUGGAGGAGGGUCGGUGUGUACAGGGGGUUCAGUCCCCCAGGACAGGGGUGCAGAACUGAACAGCUGGUACAGGAGGGGCAAAAACCCCCCAAAAUGGGUGUUUUGCCGAAGCUGAAGCCGCGGUGACGGGCCCAGGGGUGACAGAGCAGGGUCAGCAGGGGCAUCAGAGCACGGGAGGAAAACGUGGCACAAGGAUUUUGUGUUUGUUUGCAGCACAAGCAGAAAUCAAAAGGGCUCCGUGGAAGGGCUGAUCCGCCGUGUGGAGCUCAGUGAUGUUUAGGGAGCUUGUAAGGCCAAGUACAGAGGAGAAAUAGGAUGUUCAAGGGGGGUUUUACUUGGAAAAAUAUCAUGUCUUGAGCAGAACUGGACUUUUUUUAACUGAGCUGUCCCUGUGUGGGAUGUCACGGGGGAGGACGUGGACGCUGAGCCCGUGGGAUGCUGCAGCACCAGGAAAUUAUCCCUUUUUCUUUGCAUUUUGCAGCAGGGGCAAGUUUUUUCUCUCCUUUUUCUAAUACCGAGGGCUGACCUUUGCAGUGUGUUCUCAUCUCCAGUCUCUGUCCCACCCUUGGUGUGUCCUUCCAGCUCCGUGUUGUCUCCGUGUGCUCCAGCGGGACCGGAACCCCACCUUGAACCUUGUUGUUUAUUAACCCACGUUUUAAAGACUGUUUUAUAUCCUUUGACAUGAAAUACUGAUUAAAGCACCUUGCAGGACCAGGUUGGAGUGCUCAGCACCCCCAGAGCCUGGGAAGCAGGGACUGGUGCUGGGAAUGGCUGAGUGACAUUGCUGAACAUUCCCAAUCCCGCAGAAAAGUGGGAAUUGAGGUUUCAGUGAGGUAACAAAAAAAUAAAUUACACAAAGCGUCUCCAGUGGUGGAAAGUAUGGGGUGGGGGGAGGAAGCUGGGAGCAAAACCAGGAGUUUGCCUCUUAUAUUAACAACUACUCCACAGGUAUCCGUACUUGAAGGUAGGAAAAAUGUGCUCCUGGGAGUGAAGCCCGCGGAGGUGCAUUUGGGUCUGUUGCUGUUUGCAGAGUGUGUUUGAGUAACUGCUCCAGUGUAGUGGUGACAGUUCUGGUAUCGAGGUGUUCAUAACGAAGUAGAGACAGCCAAUAAAGUAUCAAACAUCA